CAAGGAUAGUUUUAAAAGUAUUUAUUAUUCAUAUGGAAUUAAAAAGUAUUGAUUAGUGAUAAAUUCAGUGUAAAGGAAUUAAAUCUAGGCAGUGUUUGAAUAUGCAUUGAAAAAAAAAUAUUGAUCAAAAAAUGUCAGCGACAAUUCAUGUAAAAUUGCAAUAAAAGGUUUACAAAGCAUGAGUGCAAUCAAUUCAAAUUCCGAUAGUGAAAAUUACAAUAAUAUUUCGAGCUCAUCAACAUCAACCUUUGAGUUUAUUGAAGGAAGUAUCUAUGCAAGUGACAUUUCGACUAGCUUUAGAUCGAAUCGACCAAUAAUAUGGUCAUCGACAAAGGAGGAAAAACAGAAGCAUAACGAAGAAAUCGCUGUCAUGGACUCAAAUUUCGAGCCUUCAUCAUCAUGGGAGAAAAUUGAAGCUUCAGACGUACAAAAAGAAGAGUUGGAAGCAUGUAGAAAUUUUUUAACAAACGAGAGAUCAUUCAACAGCCAUGGAAUUUCACGUCCGAGUACAUCUGCUAAACCGUGUUUUAUUGAUGCAUCAUCGUUACUAGAUGAUGAUGACUACAUUCCCGUACCAUUUCCUAGAACUACAAAGAUUGAGUCAUCUACGAACAACAGGCAUGACACUACAUCAUUUAUGUCUUGCGACGAAAAUAUGCAUAGAAAUGAGUCAAGAAAUCAUGAAAUUAAGGAUCAAUAUUCUGCUAUACAAACGCAUCAUCACAUUCCAAGAAAUUAUAGACCAAAUAAUACUAACAUUAGUAGCAGUAGAGAGCAGCAUGAUGAAUAUGAGAAGCAUCAAGGUCGUUUAAUCUUCCAAAACAAUAAUGUACAACAAAGGGUCAUGGUAAGCGAGGAUUAUGCAAGUGAUAUUUCAUUUCCAAGCGAAUACUCGUCAGGUUCAAUAGGUGGAACAUACAAUAAUUUAGCUUAUGACACAACAAGUGGAUAUUCAGGAUCCGCAAACUACUCUCGAAUACCAUCCGACGUCGAAUCAAUGACAUUUCCUGAAACUCCAUUUAACUCGAUAGUUCAACUUGCUAAAAAACUUGAAGUAUGUUCUAUAGACAAUAAUUUCGAUGAGGAUAAUGAGGAAUUAAAAAGAAGCGCAUCAUCUCCCGUUCAAAUCCCUAAAAGAAUUAUGUUACAUGACGAAUCAGCACCAAUUUUAUCUGGUGGAGCGUCAGUUAAUGAUUUUAUACCAAAACAUUGCGAAAGUCCAUCAAUUCGUCGAAAAACUGAUUCCUGUCCGAUUGUUUCUGGUGGAUCUAUGGAUAUUGAGGAAGAACCUUGUCAAAAGCCUGAAAAGAAUGAAAGUGAUAAGGAUAAAUUGUCAUAUUCGUGGGUCGUUGACUUAAGUAGCAAUAAUUCACAGAUUGAUGAAGGUUCGGGCUGUAAUAGUAGACAAGAAUUUGAUGAACAUCAUACGCCAUCGAAAACUUCAAGUUCUUCGACCCCUAAAAAUUCUCUUGGAUUUUAUGUGGAUUUUAGCAGCUUAGAGCCACUUCCAGAAGAUACAAAAGCAAUUGCGGCAGCAAAGAAAAAAGACGAUUUACGUAAACAAUCUCUUAAGAAGUCUACUGGCUUUUUUGUUGAUUUUUCAUCCUCUUCCGAUACAUCAGUUCCAAAUACUCCAAAACAAAAUGCAUGUUCAAAUACGGAAGAUAAUGCUAAUGAUAAGAGACGUGAGUCAGUAAGCAGUGAUAAAAGUACUAAUAUGUUUAAUAUGUUUGUUGAUUUUGAAAGCACCACAACUAGUGAGUCAACAACUGAUAAGGUCGUUGAGGAACCGGUUAGUUCCAUAAAAAAUGAUAGUAAUGUUGAUGAUAUUACAAAUGUUGAAACAUCUUCGACCGUUGUUGCUAGUUCGUCUAAGAAAGGAUGCUUUAUGUUUAUUGAAAACGAUUGUCAUGUUGUAAAACAUCGAAAAACAAUACCAAAGGAACCAUCAAAGCGACAUUCAUGGAAUGUACAAACUAAUGAAUUUGAUGACAUAAAUAUGAAAAAUAACACAAAAGUUUACCAAAGGUCAACUAGUGUAACGAGUAACGAUGAGAAAUUCAUUCCAUCUUCUCUGCCAGCCGUAUAUUCAAAAACAUCAAGCAUGUCUAUUGGCAGUUCCAUAUCUCCACACGAAGAUUUUUCAUGUUCUAAAUCAUUAAGUUCACGUUCAAAUUUGUCGAUUUCAACAUCAAAUACGAGCAUAGAUAAUAGUGAAACAAAAGUACAACAGUGCAAUGAUUUGGAAAGAAAUUUAUUAAAGAAGCGACGAAAGGAGGCAAAAAUCAAUGAAACAUACGAUAAGAGUAGUCAAGGCUCAGUUACAGAUGAAAUUUUUUCAAACGAAGAUAAUCGCACCUCCUCUGAUACGGACGAUGAUCUUACGUUCCAAAAUCCUAAAGACGAUAACAACACAGAACAAACGGAAUUUGAUUUGAACAGAAGAGAAUCUACUUUGUUGGAAGACAUAAAAGUUAAAAUGGAUACGAUUGUUGAGACAUCUGAAAAUUCAUCGCCAUUCAAAAAGGCAGUCAAUGAUGAAAAGACAAGUGAUAAUUGGUCUAACAAUGAUUUAAAGUUAGAUCAACCAAUAUACACGAUGGAAUCACUUCAGCAGCUAAUUGAAAAGCAAAAGCAGAUUUUAGAAAAUGUUGCAGAACCACCAAUAAUGUCCUCACCACCAUCCUCACCUUUUGUGAAGCUAUCUGAUCUCGAUAAACCUACAAUUAAAAAGGAUUAUCCAAUGAUGACGACAUCUGCUGGUUUCAGGACAUCAAUGGAUAGUCAUCAAAAAUAUCAUUCAUCUCCAAAUGACAUUAAGACAAUGUCACGUUCUACUGGAACUAACAUAAUCAAUUUAGCAUCAUCUGUUGAAAACUCUAAAAGUCUUAGUCGUCUAUUUCCACAUUUAUCAAAAGUUUUUAGUAGCAGCGUUCCUAGCAAUGUUGGAUUUAAUAUAAGCUCUAUGGAUCAAAGUCUUUAUGAAUAUAUUGAAUUUAUUUCCUCUGAUUUUUCCUGCACAUCAAGUAUCAACUCUAGUAGAUCUGGAAUGGAAUCCGCAGAUGAGUCAUCGAUUUCGUGUCGACAGCCAAGAAGGUUGGGCGAAGAUUUAUUGAAAAUGUUUCUACAAGAAAUAGGCACAGAUGUAGUCAUUGAUGUGGAUGGACGGAACAUUAAAGCACAUAAAAUUAUACUCUCAUCAAGAUGCCAAUACUUUGCAGGAAUUCUAGCUGGAAAAUGGAUUGAAAAUACUGGAAAUAUAAUUUCAUUAACUGGAUAUUCGUACAAUACAGUUCAUUUUGCUUUAUGUCACGUUUAUUCUGGAGCCGCACAUGUUCCAACUGGCUUAGAUUUAAUAGAAUUAGCGUCACUUUCUGAUUGUCUUGGAUUGGAAGGUUUAAAGGAAGUCUGUGGAUAUGCGUUAAAGACAAAUUAUUGUCAUAAUUUUCAUAAGCCUUGUUCUGGAUGUAUUGAUGGAAUUGUACAAGUUCUAUCCGUGACUUUAGACCAUGGAUUUGAUGAUUUAUACAGAAAAUGCUUAAAAUGGUUAUGUAAGAAUUUUUGCAAAGUCUGGGUUACUAGGUCUUUUGGGAAUCUAAAUUUCGAUUUAAAGCUCCGCUGCUCGCAACAAAUAGUAGGUGCACAUUUUACGUCAGAAAGUGUUCUUAAUUGGUUAUUAGAUUGUGACGAAGUGUUGGAAACGCUCCAUAAAUCGAGAUGGGAGAAUUUUGAGACACAGAAUGUCGUGGAAAUAAUUUUGGAAGCCGCACAUGAAUACAUUUUAGACCAUUUUUCAAGUUUAAUUGCAUCUGAUAGUUUUUUGUCGUUGGGACAUGAUAGAAAGGAUGACAUUCCAAAAUUAGAGCAUUACAUUCUAAAAGCAGCCACAUCAUUGUCACCAGAUCAAGCAUGUAAGAGCUAUCCAAGAGCUGUUCGUUUGAAUGCAUUAUUAAAUGCAAAAUUGAUUAAAUUUCCAAGUCCAUUAUCGAAUGACAGUUUUAAGCCACAAUUUGAUCACAUUCAGUUAAGAGAUGAAGACGAGGACAUUGAAUGGAAUGAUGAUUUUAUUAAAUUAGUAAGCGCUUUGUUGAGUGCUGUUGAGCAAAGCUUGAUUCGACAAUGUGGAAAGGCUAUGAAAUGUUCAGCAUGGCUGAGAAUGGAUGGUGAUUUAAGAAGUAAGAUACAGAAAAUUGCAUGUGUUACUGAGAACGAUGAUAUGAGACGAAAUUUGAGAUCGAGCGUUUCAAGUUUAGGAAGUGCUACGUCAGCAACAACAAAUCGUGCCAAUGAUUUAAGGCAAGUUAAAUUGGCUAUUCAAGCACAUAAACUUUUGCAUGAAAAUCACGUUUAUGCUAAUAAAACUCAUCCUCCACCAAAACGACCACAAACACAGAAGGAAGUUAAAAUAUCUGCAGCUAAGCAUAUCCUCAAGACAACAAAAAUACACCAGCCAGUUCGUGAUAUUUCCGUUUCUAAUUCUCAAAAACAAUUAAUUCCUGACGAUAAAUCUCAGAAUAAUGAAGUAAAGAGUAAAUUUACAUCCAUUAAAGCACGAUACAUGGAACCAAAAAAGAUUCGAACAUUAUCGGAAAUUCCAGUAAAAACAAACAGAAAAAUGUCAUCAAGUGAGAAUUCAAGAGAUUCAUCGCCAGCAUUUAACAAGAAAAAGCACUUUGAUACUGUCAAGAAAGCUUCGAAUUUAUCGUUGGACAGUCUACAAUCUCCAUUAAAGGCUAAGAGGACUGCACAACAUAAUUAUCCAAUUCCGAAAAAAGAUUCUGAAAUGUCAAUGGAUUCAUUAAGUGAAUCAUUAAGGAGCACAUCCAAAACAGGUAGAACAUCGUCAGAAUCAUUAAUCAAAAGAACAAGUUUGAAUGAAAAAGAUAGUGCAAGAAGUUCUGCGAGACUGUCAAAAGGAAUUAACACAAAACAAUCUACAAACAAUCAGAAUCAGGUUGUACAGCAACAGAGGAGCUUUUUAUCGCAGAAAUCUCGCGAAAUUUUAGCAAAACGAUCUCAACAAGCCACCAGAAAGCUUUCAACUAACUCCAAUUCAAGUAUUGCAACAAAAUCCACAAAAUCAUCGUCACCAAGAAUGUUUUUACCAAUCAACAAGUCACACUCGACGACUGCCGUCAUCACAAGUAAUAAAAAAGUCUUUAAUACAACAUUACAUUUGCGAAAGACAUCCAAACUUCCCGAGCCAAUUGAAACAUUCAAAACUACCAAUAAUUUAAAUAAUAACAAUAAAAAUAAGAAUCUGAAGAAGGAAGUUGCGUCAGUGAAGCUGCUUAAAGAGAAGGAAAAGGAAAAUGACAUUAAGAGAGGAUCUAUAAAGAAGUCAAAUAAAUUGGACGAGAUUAUUCAUACAGCCGAUCCAUUGUCCAUUGAGGAAUCAUAUGAAGUCAAAAUGGCAAGAUCCAAUACCUUUAGCAAAGAAGCACCUGAUAAUCCUAUUGAAUUGUUAAAAACUAUGAAUUAAAUCGCAUUUAUAUGUAGUGGAUUUAAUUUUUCAUAUACUUUUUAAUUGCUAUGUGGACAUUCUUUUGCUACUAUUGUCCUAGAUAUAAAGAUGUGUUCAUGCAUGCAGGAAUCAUGAAUUUAAGGCACAUUGGCACUCAAAACUGGAACAGAUUUUUGUAAAAUUUAUAUUAAAUUUGUAAGGAAUUGGGAAGUUUUUAUAUUUGCAAAAAUGAAAAGGUGAUGAAGGAGCAAUGUAUGAUGAGGAUCUAUAUCACAAGCAUGACAUAUUAAUUAGAGUAAAUUUGACAAAUCAAAAAUUUUAAGCGCAUUUUCUCGAUUAUAAAAACCGUUAUUUUUUAACUGCUGGUUAUUGAAUUUUUUGGCUGUUUUCAAAAAUGUUUUAACCGCUAUUUUUUUAUAGACUUUUUUCCGUUAUUUUUUAAAUCGUUAUUCUGCUUAUUCUUUUAAAAAUAACAUGAGUCUUAUUAAGUUCGAGGUUUAAUAUUUGAAAAUAAUGCGCUUUCGACCACGUCUAUUAAAAUUUUGUAUGAACACAUCAACAUGUCUUGGCACUUAUCUACAACAAAAAACUUAAUAUUAUGAAUCAAAUGAUAUGGUUAUAUCCAUAUAUAGAUCUACGUGAUAACAACAUUAAUGUUUGUUUCAAACAUAAAAAAAAAUCUAGUCAAUAUUCAAUAUUUAUUCCAAUUUAUUCCAUUCUUAACUUGAAAUGGGUGGUAAAUGUAUAGGAAGCAUGACAUUUAGUUAUCUUACUGUGCAUUAAUUAGGACAUAAGAAAAUUGAAAUAUAUUACUAAAUAGUAUUAAAUGCUUGCUAUUUUUUCUCUCCCCAAACUUUUUGUAUUGCAUUGAUUGUCAAAUUAUAUAUUGUAGUAUUUUAUUCAGUAGAUG